AUGGCUACGCAUGCUCGGACUGCAAAUGGUGGCAAGCCUCACUUCUCCCGUAAACGAUCGACGAACGACCGCCUGCAGAAGCGCAAGCGCGAGCAAGAUGAAGUCACCGACCUGCAAGCCCGCGUAAACGCCCUCGACCUCAAGCCCACCACUCCGAUCGCCAAGUUCGCGGACUUGCCCCUGUCCGACCCCUCCGCAGCCGGCAUCAGCGCGUCGCACUUUACCACGUUGACCGACAUCCAAGCGCAGGCGAUUCCCCUCGCCCUCAAGGGCAAGGAUAUCCUCGGCGCAGCCAAGACAGGCAGCGGCAAGACGCUGGCCUUCCUCAUCCCCGUCCUCGAAAAGCUCUACCGUGCGCAAUGGACCGAGUAUGACGGCCUCGGCGCGCUCAUUCUGUCACCCACGCGCGAGCUGGCGCUGCAGAUCUUUGAUGUCUUGCGCAAAAUCGGCAGGAAACAUGCCUUCUCCGCUGGUCUCGUGAUCGGCGGCAAGGCAGGCUUCAGUCUGAAAGAGGAGGCCGAGAGGUUGACGAGGAUGAACAUCCUCGUCUGCACACCCGGCCGCAUGAAGCAGCACCUCGAGCAGGCCGCGGGUUUCAACGCAGACAACCUGCAGAUCCUGGUCCUCGACGAGGCUGACCGGAUCAUGGACAUGGGCUUCCAGCGUGAGGUCGACCAGCUCGUCGAGCACCUACCCAAGGACAGGCAGACGCUCAUGUUCAGCGCCACGCAGAGCAAGAAGGUGUCCGAUCUCGCGCGACUCAGCCUCAAGGACCCAGAGUACGUCUCAGUGCACGAGGCCGCCAGCCACGCCACACCCACGAAUCUGCAGCAGCACUACAUUGUCACGCCCCUCCACGAGAAGCUCGACACACUCUACGGAUUCAUCAAGGCCAAUCUCAAGAGCAAGAUCAUUGUGUUUCUCAGCUCAGGCAAGCAGGUCCGGUUCGCCUACGAGAGUUUCCGCCAUCUCCAGCCCGGUAUCCCCCUCCUCCAUCUUCACGGUCGACAGAAGCAGACGGCUCGUCUCGAGAUCACGCAUCGCUUCACCUCAGCCAAGUACUCGUGCCUCUUCGCCACGGACGUCGUCGCGCGCGGCAUCGACUUCCCCGCCGUCGACUGGGUCAUUCAGGCCGACUGCCCGGAAGAUGUCGACACCUACAUCCACCGCGUCGGCCGCACCGCCCGCUACGAAAGCAACGGCAAAGCCGUCCUGUUCCUCGAGCCCAGCGAGGAGGACGGCAUGCUCAAGAAGCUCGAGGCCAAGAAAAUCCCCAUUGCGCGCGUCAACGUCAAGGAGAACAAGAAGAAGAGCAUACAGAACAGUCUGCAGAACAUGUGCUUCCAGAACCCGGACCUCAAGUACCUCGGCCAAAAGGCGUUUAUCAGCUACGUGCGCGCCAUCCAGUACCAGAACGACAAGAGCAUCUUCAACCUCAAGAAGCUCGACCUCGACGCCUUUUCCAAAAGCAUGGGCCUGCCCGGCACGCCGCAGAUCAAGUUCCAGAAGGGCGAGGACGUGAAGAAGAUUAAGAACGCGCCGCGGCAGGGCAUGUCGAGCGGGUCCGAGUCCGAGAUGGACAUGAAUGGCGUCAAGAAACCCAAAGACAAGAAGAAGGACCAGGUGCGCACAAAGUACGACAAGAUGUUUGAGCGCACAAACCAGGACGUCCUGUCGAGCCACUACAGCAAAAUGGUGGGCAAGUCGGGCGACGACGAUGAUGAUGAUGACAGCGAAGACGAUAUUCUCGCCGUCAAGCGACGGCUAGACGACUCUGACCUCGACAACGAGGCCAGCAAGGGACCUACAAGCAACAUCAAGGUGGUCGAGGGCCUCGGCGGCCAGGAUCCCUACGUCAUCGACUCGAAACGGCGCGAGAAGGCGCUCAAGUCCAAGAAGAAGAUGGCCAAGUUCAAGGGCAUGCCGACCAAGAUGGUCUUUGACGACGAGGGCAACGCCCACCCGCUCUACGAGAUGUCGACGCCGGCUGACUUUCAGGGCGCCGGCGCGGCGGACGAGCAGCGCCAGGUGUUUGUCGAGGACGAGUCCAAAAAGGUGCUCGAGGCCGACGUGGACGACAAGGAGAGGGUGCGGCAGCGCAAGAGGGAGAAGAAGGCGAAGCGGAAAGCUCUCGAGCGCGGCGAGUCCUUUGUCAACGACAACAACGGUGAUGAGGACAGUGCUCCGCAGCUUGUGUCUGGUGGUGAUGAUGAUGGUGAUGGCCACGAUCCGAUAGCGUUCAUGCGCUCGUUGCCCGUGGCGGGAGAGGACAGCGACGCCGAGCCACCCAAGAAGAAGGCCAAGAAGUGGUUCCAGCAGGAUGACUCGGACGCAGAUGUGGAUGAGCAGCCCAAAAAGAAGCAGAAGAGCAAGGGCAAGGUGUUCAAGAUGCACGAGGAGCCUGAGACGCUGGAGGACCUCGAGGCGCUGGCUACAGGAUUGUUGGAUGGUUAG